AUGUCUGCAAUUGUGCGGCGCUUUCCUGCUGCCUUAGGAGCUGUCGCGAGAUGCUCUCGAUGUUUUUGUAGUUUUCGACCUAUAAAGUCCUAUACUUACUGCAAUUCUGCUCUAAAAUCAAGAUUUUUCUCAUCAGAUGUUGAUAGACAGUUUUCGGCGAUUUUGACUGAAGAAAUCAAGCAAGAAAAAGAAAACUCAUUUGCUUGCAGACCCCCUGUAGGUUUUGAAGUUGAUAAGCAAGAUGGAACAAACAUAGUCCUAAAGAAAGUUUUCCCUGAUGGAGUUGUUCUUGAGGUCGAAAUGGAUCUCGCCGGCAGUAUUGCGCCCGAAGAUGUUGAAAAUGAGGAGCCUGAAGAAAAGGAUCAGGAGGAGGCUUCUCCCUUGGAGGCUCGUCCUGAUCUCAAAAUUCGACUCAGAAAGCCCAGUGGUCGGUCGGUUCUGUUCCACUGUUCCUUACCAUCCUCCGCUGAAGAGGCUGCUAGCUCGGAACAAGAUUCUUCAAACCUUCCUACCUUCUCAGUGGAUAUGGUCGAAAUGGAAAACAUUCCUGGAUACUUUGUCUACACCGACCUGUUCGCUGAUAAUAUGUAUGACCACAUCAUGCGUCUCCUGACUGAACGAGGUGUAGACUACGAUUUUCAGCGUCAAGUUCAGGAUUUCGCCACGGCGGAAGAGCACAAGUUGUAUCGGUCCUUCCUGGAGGAGUUCAAGGACUAUUGUAAAGAGUAG